AUGACGUAAUGACAAUCACUUGUUCUAGGCUUUUGAAACAUUGAUGCUCUUCGUUUUCAUUUACACCAUUUAUUCAUCAACAAAUGAAUAUUCAUAAAUGUAACAACAUUACGUUCACACUUCUACCCUCAGUAAAAUCACUUCCCUCCUGAAUCUUCCUGAAUAAGAUCGAAUCUCUCAUCAAUAACAAUUGGUUUCUAUGUAGGUGUGAACUACGAACACCACUGCACAUCAGGAACCACGCACAUGCGCAAACACACUCUCUUUUGCAGCAGCAGUUUGACUUCCUGUUUCUGCUCUGUGACACUGUGACCACUUCCUGUCUAGGAAUUGUUUUAUUGAUGAAUUAAAUCUUUUUUAAUGCAUCAACGGGAUAAACAAGUUUAAAUGUUUGAAUCAUUUUUAAAGAAUUUAAGUCAUUUUUCAUCUUUUUCAUGUUUAACACACACACACACACAACUGCAGUGAGUCAGGGUCAGUGAGAAAAGGCAGUGUGUGCACGUGCACGUGCACAGACAGCAGUCACUGCAGUGUUUUUUUCAGGAGCCUUGUUUAAUGUUUCAGUCCCAAGAAUAGAAUAGUACCAGCUGUCUCUCUCUCCCUCUCUCUCUCUCCUUCUCUCUCUCUAUCUCUCCCUCUCUCCCUCUCUAGAAUCCACUCACACUCACUCACACACACACACUCCUCAAAUGUCAGCACGGCUGUCAGCUCUAACUGAGGACUGGAACUGUUUAGAACAGACUUUUUGACUUGAAGUUUGAUUUUAUUUUUAACUGUAGAAAUCUUUUUUUUUUUUUUAGAAUCCUGGUCUGAGGAGAAGAAAGACCUGAGUUUGAAGAAUCUGCUGCUGCUGCACUGACAUUUCUGUAUCAGUGUUAGUGGCAGAAGAAAUCGAACCCCCACCCCCUCUAUCCUGUGCUUCCUGUGAAACCUCAGACUCAGUUUCAGUCCUGGAGGCAGCAGCAGCAGCAGCAGCAGCAGCAGCAGCAGCAGCAGCAGCAGCAGCAGAAUUUUAUUUUUUAUUUUUCAAUUCCACCCACAAUGUCUCCAUUUCUCAGAAUCGGUUUUUCCAACUUUGAAAUGGAUCCUGGUCUGGCGUACCACCAGGAGGUCCUGAACCCCUACUGUGCCAUCUACAUCAAGGAGGCCGUGGAAACAGAGAAAGGUCAGGUGUACAAGCAGAAGAAGCCAACCAUGUACCCCCCCUGGAGCACCACCUUUGAUGCUCACGUGCACCGUGGACGUAUCAUGCACGUGAUGGUCAAGGACCGGACUGCAGAACUUAAGUCUGAGGCCAUGGUGGCGCUGGACUCACUGGCCACUCGUUGUAAAAAGGAGAGCGGCAAACUGGAAACCUGGUUGGAGCUGAAGCCUCAGGGUCGACUCCUGAUGGAGGCCAGAUAUUUCCUUGAGAAGAGCAAUGCUGCAGGUCACAGCGAGAAGGUGGAAACUGAGCGAGAGGCUGAUUCUUUGUUCAAUCUUCGUCAGCGACGUGGUGCGAUAAAACAGGCUAAAGUUCACCUGAUAAAGUCUCACCAGUUCAGCGCCACCUUUUUCCCACAGCCAACCUUUUGUUCUGUCUGUAAGGAGUUUGUCUGGGGUUUGAAUAAACAAGGCUACCAGUGUCAAGAAUGCAACGCAGCCAUUCACAAGAAAUGCAUCGACAAAGUCAUCGCAAAGUGCACGGGUUCGGCCGUCAACAGCAAGGAGACCAUGAUCCACAAGGAACGUUUUAAGAUCGAUGUUCCCCACAGGUUCAAGGUUUACAACUACAAAAGUCCGACGUUCUGUGAACACUGUGGAACGUUGCUGUGGGGCCUGGCCCGGCAGGGCCUGAAGUGUGAAGAAUGCAGCAUGAACAUUCAUCACAAAUGUCAGAAGAAAGUCGCAAAUCUCUGCGGCGUCAACCAGAAGCUGAUGGCCGAAGCUCUGGCCGGCAUUGAAAGCAAACAGCAGGCCAGAAGCACCAAGGACUGUGACUUCAUCAGUCGUGAAGGUCCAGUAGGCAUCGGUCAGCAGGGUGUAGUUAGAGUGCUGUCAGGUGUGGGAACAUCUCUGGCCACCAGUGGUGCUGCUGCUGCAACAUCAGCCAAUAAAGGUACCGACCGUAGACCUCCACCCUCAAAACCGUUGCCUAUGUUACUAUGUACUUCCUCUUUUGUUCCUGUUCCUGUAGAGCCUCAGGGCGUCUCAUGGGAGGGACCGUUAGAUGUUAGCUGGUCCACCACCGGAGGUCAGAGAGAGCCGGAGGAACCCACGGAGCAGCCGCUGUACGCUGUUCCCAGGAAGGAACAACAAACCAGACUCAGCAUCGAGGACUUUGUGCUGCACAAAUUGCUCGGUAAAGGCAGCUUUGGAAAGGUGUUUUUGGCAGAGCUGCACAAAUGCGGAUCGUUCUUCGCCAUAAAGGCCCUGAAGAAGGACGUGGUCCUGAUGGACGAUGACGUGGAGUGUACCAUGGUGGAGAGGCGGGUUCUUUCUCUGGCCUGGGAGAACCCGUUUCUAACACAUCUGUACUGCACCUUCCAGACCAAGGAGAACUUGUUCUUCGUGAUGGAGUUUGUCAACGGAGGAGACCUGAUGUUCCACAUCCAAAACUGCAACAAGUUCAAUCAACACCGAGCCACCUUCUAUGGAGCAGAGAUCAUCUGUGGUCUCCAGUUCCUCCAUGCUAAAGGAAUCAUCUACAGAGACCUAAAACUGGACAACGUCCUGCUGGACUCUGAAGGUCACAUCAAGAUAGCAGACUUUGGAAUGUGCAAGGAGAACAUGAGAGAUUCCAGUACUUCCACCUUCUGUGGGACGCCUGACUAUAUAGCACCAGAGAUUCUGCUGGGUCAGAAAUACAACUCGUCGGUGGACUGGUGGUCAUUUGGCGUCCUUCUCUACGAGAUGCUUGUUGGUCAGUCGCCGUUUCACGGCAGAGACGAGGAGCAGCUGUUCCAGUCCAUACGUACCGACAACCCCGUUUACCCAGAGUUCCUCAGUAAAGACGCCAAAGGCAUUUUGAUCAAGCUUUUGGUCCGUGAACCAGAAGAAAGACUUGGCAUCAAAGGAGACAUCAGGAGCCACAGUUUCUUCCACAGCACUGACUGGAGUGCACUGGAACAACGACAAGUGGUGCCGCCCUUCAGGCCAACUCUAGCUUCUCCCAGCGACUACAGCAACUUUGACAAAGAGUUUAUCAGCGAGAACCCUCGACUGUCGUGUGCAGAUGGAAUGUUGAUCAACAGCGUGGACCAGAGGAUGUUCAGGAACUUCUCCUUUAUUAACCCGCAAAUGUCAGAAAUGUCUGUAAAAACAUGAGGGCGCCAGUGAGUUCACUUCAACAGAAUCCUGGUUCGUGACUUUGGAUAAAACAACAUUAAAGGCAGAUCAAAGGAGUUCAUGUUGAAGAUGUUGAAGUAAAGGUUUCUUUUUGUAAAUGUUCAUUUAUUUCUGUCGAUCCUCGUUCUCUUACGAUUGUGUAUUGAUUCAAAUUGUAUUUGUUUGAUUUUUAUCUUUGGUUAAAUCUUUUCUAGGUUAACUAUUU